AUGACAACCAGUUCAACGAGACAGAAGAAGUCAGGAGAUGGGGCGUAUGCAACAUCGUCUGACCCGAGUGCAUCAAUUGAGGGCGACGAAUAUGAGGCCACACAACCAGCAACCCGCCCAAAGGGAAAGAAGAAUAUCAAAAGGAAAGCCAAAGUAGGAGACACUGCUUCAAGUGAGCCGUUAUAUGUUCCUAAUUCUGAUAUGGUAGCCAUCGGGAAAGCUAAAAUAGACUUACUGGCGAGUUUCAAGGAGCUGAAGACCCAAGAAAUGGAGAUGAAGAUGGAAAAAACCAAAAUUAAAAAGGAAAAAACCCAAAUUAUGAAGGCGAAGUUGCUUAGGGAAUACAGGGAUAUCCUUAUGCAGGACACAUCUAACAUGAACGAGGUGCAGUUAGCAGCGCAUCAGCGCCUAUGUCAAUACGCCAUGAAUGAACUAGGAAUGUCUUAG